UUACAGAAUGAAAACUGACAGUUAUGUUUCACACUAUGUGCUGACUGUCUGUACUUACAGAAGAUAUUUAAAAACAAACAGACUUUUUUUUCCAAAAAAAAAAAUUGAUUCCAGUGGAAUCUGUGCUUUGAAAUUUUUGUCCCGUCAAUUAACUCCUGAAGCAAUGCCUGUACAAGCUCCACAGUGGACGGAUUUUCUGUCCUGCCCAAUUUGCACACAGACGUUUGACGAAACGAUCCGGAAGCCCAUCAGCUUGGGUUGCGGCCACACUGUCUGCAAGAUGUGCCUCAACAAGCUCCACCGUAAGGCAUGCCCUUUUGACCAGACCACUAUCAAUACAGACAUUGAGCUCCUUCCUGUGAAUUCAGCAUUGCUGCAGCUUGUGGGUGCUCAGGUUCCAGAGCAGCAGCCAAUUACAUUAUGUAGUGGAGCUGAAGAUACCAAGCAUUAUGAGGAGGGCAAGAAAUGUGUGGAAGAAUUGGCAUUGUACCUCAAACCACUCAGCAGUGCCAGAGGUGUGGGUCUUAACAGUACUACUCAGAGCGUGCUAAGUCGUCCCAUGCAAAGGAAGCUGGUGACGUUGGUUCAUUGCCAGCUAGUCGAGGAAGAGGGGCGCAUCCGAGCCAUGCGUGCCGCGCGCUCGCUUGGUGAAAGGACCGUGACAGAGCUCAUCCUGCAGCACCAAAACCCACAGCAGCUCUCUUCCAACCUCUGGGCUGCGGUGAGAGCCAGAGGGUGCCAGUUCCUUGGGCCAGCAAUGCAGGAGGAGGCUUUAAAGCUGGUUUUGCUGGCUCUGGAAGAUGGAUCUGCUUUGUCACGGAAGGUUUUGGUUCUCUUUGUGGUUCAGAGGCUGGAGCCGCGAUUUCCACAGGCUUCUAAAACUAGCAUUGGACAUGUUGUCCAGCUUCUUUACAGAGCCUCCUGCUUCAAGGUGACAAAGCGUGAUGAGGAUUCCUCCCUAAUGCAACUGAAGGAGGAAUUUCGGACUUACGAAGCUCUGAGAAGGGAACAUGAUUCCCAGAUAGUUCAAAUUGCUAUGGAAGCAGGUUUACGCAUUGCACCGGAUCAGUGGUCCUCACUGUUAUAUGGAGACCAGUCUCACAAAUCCCACAUGCAGUCUAUUAUUGACAAGUUGCAGACCCCAGCCUCAUUUGCACAGAGUGUUCAGGAAUUGACUAUUGCUCUCCAGAGGACUGGAGAUCCAGCUAACCUGAAUCGUCUUCGACCUCACCUGGAACUGCUGGCAAAUAUCGAUCCCAGUCCAGAUGCUCCACCUCCAACAUGGGAACAACUGGAAAAUGGGCUAGUUGCUGUGAGAACUGUGGUUCAUGGCUUAGUUGAUUAUAUUCAGAAUCACAGCAAGAAAGGAACAGACCAGCAACAGCCUCCUCAGCACAGCAAGUACAAGACAUAUAUGUGCCGAGACAUGAAGCAGAGAGGAGGCUGCCCCCGAGGGGCUAGCUGCACCUUUGCACAUUCGCAGGAGGAACUAGAAAAGUUUCGCAAAAUGAACAAGCGUCUGGUUCCCCGAAGGCCACUGAGUGCCUCCUUGGGCCAGCUGAAUGAGGUGGGCCUGCCUUCCGGAGCUAUCCUCUCAGAUGAAGGGGGAGUGGACUUGCCUAAUAGGAAAACCUCUGCCCUGCCCAACGGAAUUGUGUCAACAGGCAGCACGGUGACACAGCUCAUUCCCCGAGGGACUGACUGCAGCUACGAAACAGCUCUGAAGCCAGGGAAGAUGGACCACCUGAGCAGCAGUGCCCCUGGAUCUCCCCCUGACUUGUUGGAACCUGUCCCCAAGAGCUCUAUUUCUGCCUUACCAGUGAACCCUCAUCCUGUGCCCACUCGGACACCAACAGAUUUGCCUUCAGUGUCAGUCACCAAACAGUUACAGAUGGUACCACGAGGCUCCCAGUUGUAUAAUACUCAGCAAGCAGAUGUGUUUUAUCAAGAUCCUAGAAGUGCUGUCCCACCAUUUGAGCCAGCACCUUAUCAGCAAGGAGUUUACUAUCCUACUCAGUCUUCGCAGUGCAUGUCUCGCUUUGUCCGACCUCCUCCAUCAGCUCCUGAACCUGGCCCACCUUAUCUAGACCAUUACCCACCUUACCUUCAGGACCGUGUGGUGAGCCCACAGUACACGCAGCCGCAGCAGUACCCUCCAAUGGGGCAGCCCAUUUAUCCACCUCACUACGACAGCCGUCGAGUCUAUCCCCCUAUCCAGCCAUAUCAGCAAGAGGAGCUUGUCCGAGGAAACCCGGUACCGAUUGAAAUUCCACAGGCAGCUGUACCCUCCUACAUACCUGAAUCCAGGGACAGAUACCAGCAAAUGGAGGGCUAUUGCCCCGUGGCUCCACAUCUCAGUCAGAUCAGACCUCCAUGCCACAGACCUCAUCCCAGCCUGGAUGAACUUCACCGCCGAAGGAAGGAGAUCAUGGCCCAGCUAGAGGAGAGGAAGGUGAUUUCUCCCCCUCCAUUUGCUCCUUCACCAACCUUGCCUCAUCCUUUCCAUUCAGAGGAGUAUUUGGAUGAAGACCUGAAGGUAGCUGGGAAAUACAAAGGCAACGACUACAGCCAGUAUUCUCCCUGGUCGUGUGACACCAUCGGCUCCUACAUUGGAACCAAAGAUGCGAAACCCAAAGAUGUUGUGGCAGCAAGGAGUGUGGAAAUGGCGAAUGCAGAUAGUAAAGCUAUGCGUGACCAGCGAUUGGACAUGCAGAGAAGAGCAGCAGAGACGGGGGACGAUGAUCUUAUUCCGUUUGGAGACCGACCAACUGUGUCAAGAUUUGGGGCUAUCUCUCGUACUUCCAAAGCGAUGUACCAGAAUAGUGGUCCCAUGCAGGCCAUGGCGGUUCAGGGAGCUUCCACCAAAUCUAUCAUUUCGGAUUACAGUCCUUAUGGAACGCAUGGUAGCUGGGGAGGCGCUCCAUACUCUCCUCAUCAAAAUAUACCUUCUCAGGGACGUUUCAAUGACAGGGAGAGACUGUCAAUGUCAGAUGUUGCUGGUCAUGGGAAGCAGUUACCCUCGGCUGAGCGGGAGCAGCAGCUGCGGAUGGAGCUGCAGCAAGUAGACCAUCAAAUUAGCCAGCAGACACAAAUGCGAGGACUAGAGGCUGUUAGUAACAGGCUGCUGUUGCAGAGGGAGGCGACUACCCUGGCAGGCCAACCACAGCCCCCACCCCCACCUCCCAAGUGGCCUGGGAUGAUCUCAAGUGAGCAGCUGAGCUUGGAGCUACACCAGGUGGAAAGGGAAAUUGGGAAGAGAACCCGUGAGCUGAGCAUGGAGAGCCAGUCUUCAUUGGAUAUAAAAAACAAACUGGGCGCCACUAAACAGACAGAAAAUGGACAAUUAGAACCACAAAGCAAGGUUCCAGCUGACGACCUUGCACUGACGUUCAGCAGUGAUGUUCCAAACGGAUCAGCCUUGACACAAGAAAACAUCAGCCUCCUGUCGAACAAGACCGCGUCUCUGAGCUUGUCGGAGGACCCGGAGGGCGGAGGAGACUGCCACGACUCCCAGAGAGCAGGAGUUACACCCACGUCUGCUCCUUGAAGUGAGGCCAGCCUACCCCAGAGCUUCUUUUGCUGGGGUGCUGUUAGCUUCCACCGUGUCUUUUUCCAGGGCUGAUUGAAGAAACCCAGGAGCAACAGCAGUAGCAGAGCAGCAGGUUCAGAGGCAAUGUGCACAAACACAACUACUAGAAACAAAUCCUGCACAUAGUUCACAUUAACGCAUUUUUUAAUUAAAAAAAUGAAAAUUAGCAGUAUCUGCAAGCGAUUCAAAUUAAAUUUGUUUUUGUUCUGUGAAUGAACUUUAUUUUAAUAACUUUGGACGCCUUGGAUCCCAGGGCUUAAAAAAAAAAGAUAUUAUAUAUAUACUCUGUUUGAUUAAUUGUAUGAUCUUAAUGAAGUAGUCUUUUCUUUUAUUUUGGUAUUAUUACAUACCCAGUGCAUAAUUCUUUUUUUAAUCAUCUUAAUUAUUCAAUGAUUAAAGCAGCCUGGCCACUUCCUUGUCUGAUGCAAAAGGGAACAAGGAAGGAGGGGUGGAGAGUAGCUGUGAACCAUAGCAUCAAAAGGUGUGCAGCAAAUWUCAUUCUCAAAGCAAUUUCUUCCUCUUGUGUCUAAGAAAUGAACUGUGAGUUGUAUAUAAAUCCUAUUACUUAAAUAGUUUAAGCUUAAACUGCAAGUAGCAGAAUCUUCCGUAGUAUAAGUACAGUCCAUAGUAUAUGCCCCAGCACAGCACGUGUGAUUAAAACAGAUGGCAAACAGUUGUCCAACGUGUGUAUGUUACUUCAUUUGUAAGUUGCUGACCUAUUUUCUAUUGGAAAUGACUAAGUUGGCAGAGUGGCAACUAMUGUAGAUCAAACACGGGUUGUUUAGAAGUUGGUGAGCUGGGACUGGUGGUAGAAAAGCUUAGCAAAUCAGCCAAGAAUGGGCGGCAUGGCAAGGCAAGCUUCAGAAACAGGAAACAGAGAAAACACAAGCAYGUGCAGUUGCUGUAGAUGUGCUUGCUGAGCCAUGUCAUGUUCUGCACUGUUGAUUUGUUUUUCCUUUGCCAUGCCUUUAAAACAACCUUAUCCAAAGUCUGUACGACUGAGCUGAUGCAAUGGCGCUUACUAAGCUCACUGCCUUUGGAAACAGUUAUUUCAUGUACGAAAACCCUUGCAACUCUUGCCACAGUUUUUCUUUGUAAUUUUUGUUAUUAAACCCUAAUAAUAUCUUCUGUAGGUAUUUAAUGUGAUGCUAUUGAAGACCUUUGACUAAAGGAAGCGAGGACUCUUGAUUUAUGGGCAUCAGCAGAAGUGCGCUGACAAAAGCAGAGGAGAAAGGGAGGAAAUAGAGAAAAAGUUUCCUUUUUGAAACGUGACUGWUUGGGAUAUGUAUUUGUUGGAACUCAGUGCGUCAAACUGCUCUUUUGCAGCACAUCUGUCACAGAUGCACUGAAUCCUUCCUGAAGCCAGUGAUUCCCUUUCAUGGAGGAAAAUUGCAUUAAAACUGCUACUUAAGUGGCACAUACUGAUCUUGGCAGGAGUGGUUAGAAGUACUGAYAGCCAAAUUUUGCUUGGUACAUCAGAUGUGCUGCUGCUUCAAUUAGGUGGCUCUAUAAGCAAAAGUUACAGAAGCUGUUAAGUAUCUCUAGAUUUCCUUUCUUAAAAAGUUGAAGAUUUUGCUGCUAUUUUUUGACUGUUUCUACAAGCCUUGGGUUGAGGCCCUCUAAAUGAAGAGAUCUGUGGAGAUAGACUUCCCCUCCUCUGUCUGCUUUGGAAGUGCUGCUCCUCCUACACCUUCUUGGCCUGUUCUCAUUUCUGUAUUGACUACUAAAUCAGAAAGCACUGGUUAUGUAAUAAAUUACUGCAUUGCUUUGGUUGGGUAAAGCAAGAGUUAAUAAUUUUCUUGGUUUUUAGUUUUUUCUUAACCUUAACUCCUGCUGAGGUCAUAGCAACCUUGGGCUAAGCUUUGCAUUCAUCAUACUGUUAAAUAAAACAAAAUGGGGGGUGGGAGGGGAUACAGUCCCACUAUUGCCUACCAGUAGGAGAGUCCAAACAGAAGACUCUUUUGAGUAGCAAUUAUUUAAUUUGCCCAGUCAAGGCACCGCGUUUAUAUAAUAUUUCACAUUGAAUUUGAUUAUGCCCUACAGACCUGGCUGGUCAAGGAUUUGAUACACAUAUUGGCUUGGGAUUCGAGCUUUCUUUUUUAUUUAAAUAAAAAUUUAUAUAUAAAUAUAUAUAUACAUAUAUACAUAGUUAUAUCUGUAUAUAUAUUGGGUAUGUUUUAAGAAUUUUUUCGCAUGAGCGCAGCUGUUGUGAUAAAAUGUCUGGGAGGUAGAAGCACUGAAUGAAGAUAAAGGCAUUUUCAGCAUGUACCUGCAUCCUCCAUAUGUCUUUGCACAGGUUUAUUUCAUUUAGUCAAACUUUCGUCUCUGAACUGCCAAGAAGUCAUUUUAAAGCUUAUUUAUUUUCUUUUCCUUUUAAUUUUUGGCAGAGAGUCAUCUUUGCGCUAGAGUAGCUUCAUUUCCACCCCACCCCUUCCAUCCAUAUUUCCUAUUUGAGACCUAGCAUUUACAGCUGCUCUCCUCCGAGCUGAGAAGAACUAGGCUGAUGCAGUUUAGAGCCUGUCAGGUCUGUUCCUCCCUUCCAUGUGUAGGGCAUGAUGAUCUUUAGCAUGUUCCUGGCAGCAUGCUCACAGAUGGCCUGACCCAGGACCCCGUGCUGUCUUCCCCCUUCCUUAGGUGCAGAGCACCACCAUCAGGUCAGCCUUCUCUUUAGAUAUUUAGGUCUUUUAGUUUUCCUCUUCCUGCUGUGUCUGUCUUAACAUAAAAAGCUCAUUUUAGUUGAAAUAAUUAGUGCAAUAUUCUACUUCAGGAGGACGAGCCCAGAAAUGUGGAUGUUCUUGCCUUUCUUUAGGUAAAUACAAUUUUUGGAUACGGUUAUGGUAGGUCUGAAACUCUAGGUUUAUCUUCAAYGUGAGAAAGGAAAUCUAGAGCGGCAUAAGAUUGCACCUGUGAUCUCUUUGGUCAGUUGACGUCCUUUCCAGAUGUGAAGUUACUCCCCCUGCCAGGUUUUGCUUCUGGGAGGAGCUCUACCUUAAGAGCUAUUCAGAUUUCCAUUACUGGCCUGUGCAUGGUCAUGGCUCCCAAAAGCUGUGGGAUAAAAAGGAGAUGUUGCAGAUACUUCUUUUUUUUUCUCUUUAUCCAGCUUUCUCUCUGUUGUACUUUGUAUAUAGUGUCCUUGUGCAGUGCGUCCAGGUGAAUGUCCUGUUUGCCCAGUGUUGUAGUUUGGCUUGUUAAAUAAGUUUCUGUUUAAUAUCUACAGAGAAUAUUGAUUUUUUUGCUUUGUUUUUCCCUCCUUCUCUAUAUAUCUUUAGAGGAGUUUAAAUUGAUUAAACAAGUCAGAUAGCAAGCAGACAAGUAUUUUUAAGUUUGUGUGGAAGUUGCACCUAAAACUUCCCUUUUUGUGGAAAACUAUGCUAGCAGAAGUCAGAGAAGAGGUAGCUCCACAGUGGAGUGGAAGCAGUGAUGGCUACAGCAGGUUCCCAGAGAAUAAAACUGUCUGGAGAGCCUCUACUGCUUCAUUAAUUCCUUUCUCCUGUUAUUGCCCUGGUUGUACAGGAGUAGCAUCUGCUUCAGGGAAACUGGCCUUGGCUGAAAACUGGCUUAGUCCCUUUCAGCUCGAGCAGAAGCGGUGCUGUUAGGGCACUGCUGCAUCAUUCACUAGGCAGGUGCUACUUCUUAAUGCAGUGCACAGCUUGGAGCACCUGCUGACAGCAGAGCUUCAGCCCCAGCACUGGGCAAAASCUAAACAUGGGAAGCCCCAACUCAUAGUAAGCUAAACUUCAAACAAGCAGUGGUUCAGUGUGGAAAUACUUAGUUCUGUUAUUUUCCUCCUUGUGGCUCUGUUGUCUCUUCUCAAUAGAAGAAAUCUAGGCUAUCUCUUCCAUGCUUUUCUUAUGCUUUCAUACCCUGUCCCAUUGUAGAACAGGACUUUGCUUUUAGCUCUGAGCACUUUUCAGGCUUGCAGCACUGUUAUCUAUCCCCUUUCUUCUCAGUUUCUUUGUCUGGUUUCUUCAGAGCUGUAUUCUUUCCCGCUGGUCCAUACCUUCCUUUCUCUCCUUCUGUGGCUUGCCCACUCACCCUCCCUGAUCGUGUAACAGUGACAGCUUGCUGCCUCAAAACAGAGCAUUCAAAUGAAUUCGCUUAGCCAAUAACUUCUGUGAAGUUGCCUUUUCUAAUGGUGUUAUUACUCAGUGAUGCACAAAUGUGAUAUUGCCCCUACUGGUAGGCAAACGGGGGGAUCUGUAUAAACAUGGUAAACUGCUGUUUUUCUUUAAAGGAGAGCCAAAGACUUGUGCUUUACACUUUCUUUCCCCCCUAGUGUUAGCCGUUCCAAUUGUCAAAUCUUUGUAGGAUUUUGUGAGUUGACUGUAUUAUUCUAAUAGAAAUUUACAGAAGUUCAUGGUUGUYAAGCCUUAUCUGUGCAUUGAAUGGUGGAAAAUCGUUCUGUUUAGUCAUAAAACUUGCAAUGUAUUGAGAUGUUUGCUAAAAAUGUUUUCAUUCUCUUGUGUGGUCUCCCAGCUGAUGAAGUGGCUCAUUUAGAGAGGGAGAAGGAACUUAGAAAUUUAUAUAAUCAAAGAAGCCUGUUGUGUAAGUGUUUAAAUUGACUUGAAUACUGGUUUAAAAUUUCUUCAAUWAUAGUAAAAGAUAAAUCUUUGUUGCAAAUACGACUCUUGACUUCUAAGCCCAUUGGAACUGAAAAGACUUGUCAAACUGUGGCUUUACAUUAAAUUGGAUGUGAAAACACUUGUAUGAUGAUAUUGUCUGAAAGCAAGAAUCAAGUGAGGCAACUUUUUUAUUGGGAAGGACUAGAGGGAGGCUUUCAGUUGAUACAACACAGUUGUUUACCGUUUCCAACCUUUGAUCUAACAUAUUCUUGCAGAAAAUUAUUUUAAAGUUCAAUGAGGUCUGCAAAAGUAACGUAAACCAUUAGCUUUGUGCCAUCUCCAUUUAUAAGUAUGAACAAUAAYGAACUAGACUACAGGAUAGCUUUCUGAAGAGCCUCUACAAAAGGUAUUUAGUUGAGUAGCCAUUUUAGACCACUUAUAUGAUCCAAGAAAUAGAGGUAAAAAUCAGGAGGCUCAACAGCAGGACUGCAAACUCAUUAUCUCUGCUCAACAAAGGGGAAAAAUGGUACUGAUAAAAGCAGCAUGUGAGUUUGUGUAUGAUGAAGUAUUUAUAGUCCUAGAGUAGUCAGAAUGAGCGCAGAGGAAGACUGCAUGGGGUGUGAUUUUUACUUUCAUAUUCAGAUACUGUCCUCUUGGAGUCCCAUCUUCAAAACACAUGCCUUUAUCCCAUCUAAUGUUGGUAGCUUUUAGGUCACUGCAUCAGCGGUGUCAUUUUUUUGUAACACAGUGAAGAGAUUUCCUUCAGAAAAAAAGGAAGCAAAGUACCUGUGUACCUUUUUUUUUAAAAAAAAGUUGUAAUUUAGAUGUAAAAACAGAGAAAUGUCUGUCUUGAUUAAAUAUAAACUCUGAACUCAUGAGGAAAGAGACAUAGCUGUUCUGAGCCACCUUUUGCAUGUAGUGGGGUGCUAAUAAAGAACGAUAGGUGUCUGUCACCUGCAGUCAUCCCAUUGUGGGAGCUAAGACCGAUCUUCUGGCACUGAUUUGUUCUCAGACUGAAUUUCUGAAAUGUAGCAACRUAACCAGGCAGUCUUUUUUCCUUUUUUUUUUUCUCCCCACCAUUAUCGAAUGCUUGAUUUCUGCUGAAAUGUCAGGAAGAAGGAGAUCAAAGAGUUGGUGAGUCUUAGUUGCUCAGUGCAGAUGAGCUGUUGGGAGAAGAGUUCUCCCAGCACAGUCUCSUUGCGCAGUUAAUGUGUCAUCUUUAUUCUUGUACAGGAAGGACAUAACGAUUUAAUGUUGUCACAGUCUUGGAAGCAGUUCUGGUGAUCAAAAAGAGCCUUGAUAAUACAUAUACAGCCUUGGAAAAGAAAGGAGAGCAAAGGUAGUUUAACAUCAAUUUUUAAUUUUUAUUUUUUCUUCAUCUCAAUGGCAAGUGUAAGAUUAUGCCAUGGAAACUGAACACUGAUAAGGAAGGAUGCAGCUUUUUCUGAAAUUUCCCCACAGAARCAGUGUGUGGGAAUUUGGCUUUGCUGUUAUCUUUGAUGCAUCGGGAGCAUCUCAGUUAAUUUGAAACUUAAAAUAUGUGACUAUAACAAUCAAAUUUAGAUGCCUGUAGCUUAGUAACUCAAAUAAUUAGUUGGUCUUUGAGAGGCAUGAUCUUUGCAAUUCCAGUGAGUUUAUGUGUGGCUUUAGUGCUAAAUGACAGAUGUUCAGCAUCUGUUUGGGGAGUCUUGCUUCAUCCAGCAAAGUUGAGUAUCUGUGGAUAUGCCUGGCUGGACGUUCUUGUGUUCUGGGAAACAAGUGAUUAUUGGAUUUGAAAUUUCUAGGAGAACACAAUAUGACUUCAAGCUUAUCUAUGGUCCAGGAGAAGACGCAACAACGGGUGAGGCAAUUUCUCUGAAAAUAAGCAUUAGGUAUGAUGGAAUUAUAUAUGAAAUGUGAAGGGCAAAAAUAUAUCUGUAAGAAAAAAAUAUUGUGGGAUAUAUGAUGUUUAAGAAUUUACUUGCUUCAUUGUAAUGUUAAAUGGAUUUGUUUCUGUGACAGUACUCACAAGUCUUUGGCAUCCAAACCAGAUUGUGUACUGCAUGGAUCCCACAACUGGACGUGUGCUCUGACCUCUUCAUUUCUAGUUGUUUUUUC